AGAGAAAAUUUCCUGCUUUGCGGAAUUGCGUUUAUUCAGUCGUCAGCGCUCCAACUUCCUCCCAUGACGCUCAUUUUCUGGUCAAUCCCACUGAUUUUUCUCGUGACUUGUGGUGCUGUAAAUGCUGUAGGUUUGGGUGAUGAUUGUCACAAUAACGCUGUUCCCCCCGUGAUUUGUGAUCCGGGUCUGUUAUGUGAGGAUUUCGUGUGUGUUUUAGACAAAAAAUCAUGCUUAUUCACCCACCACCUGGAUCAGGAACUUUUUGGCCAAUUGCCCACUUGCAAUCCCGAUGAUGGAACAUUUGCUGCCAAGCAAUGCAAAGGGGACUUUAUUACUGGACGAUGUUUCUGCUACAGUGAAGUUGGUGAAAGAAUAUUUGGGUGGGAUUGGUGGAGAAAUGCCGAAGAAAUGACCUGUGCAUGCAGCCGAAAAAGGCACAGUCUCGAGAAAGCUGGUCGUCACGAUGUCACACUUCACUGUCAGCAAAAUGGGAAUUACGAGGAGCUCCAGUGUGACGAAGGCGCGUGCUGGUGUGCAGAUCCAGCUACGGGUUUCAUCAUUGAAGACACCAUUGCUGUUCCCCAACACUUAUGGACCCUUUUACCAUGCUACAAUACCUCCUUCUACGGUACCCAAUACCUCAGACAGUGUGAUAGUGCCGCUCAUGCCCAGAAUCUCAUCAGGGAUGCAUUCAGCAAACGUGGCACGUCUCAAAUCUCCUUCACCAAUAUUCAGUGCCACUACGACGGUACUUAUGGCACUUUUGCCUUUGUAGAAAAUCAAGCUGUGUGCACUUGGCGUGAUGGUUCUCGUCUUGGCGGUUUCGCUUCACAAACAAAUCAAGCUAACCAAAUGGAUUGCAACUGCGCCCGAGAUCAGAGAAUCUUCAGCGAUAACGGCUUAACAUUUCCACUUCAAUGCAUGGGCAAUGGAAAUUAUGCCAAUCUUCAAGAUCUCAAUGGCCAAAUAUUCUGCGUGGAUCGCGAUGGAUUUGUCGUGUCGGAUUUUUAUCCACCUGACACCGAAACCGUUGAUUGCACUAAACAUUUGUACUACAUGCAAUAAAGGUUGUAUAAUUUCUCAAUUAUUUCAUCCA